AAAAAAAAAAUUACUGUGUGUUAAAUUUAAAUUUAAAAAAAAUUAACAAAAUAUUCGGCUGAAUUUUUGCUGCUACCGGGAACGCCCUCUUACUGGUAUUGGAAUAUAUUUUUUUAAAAAAGAAUUUAUUUCGAUAUUUAAUAGAAACCUCAGAAGAAAACUUACUUGGUAAUGCCUCGCUUUUUUGAAUGGCUCAGCUGAAAAUAAAUCUUAAAAAUCAAAAUGGAUAAAAAUAAACUCAUACGGUUUCUAUCGCCUUGCGAAGUCCUGUUGGUGGCAAACACAACAACUAUUCACCCCGCACUGAAAUCUAGCCAUGAAUGAAACAGAGUGUGAGAACCUCAUACAAUCUGUAAAAUGGACAGAACCUGCAAGUCUAAUCUCAUUAGCCAUACUCGAAUUUAUAAAUGUUUUAGUCAUAGGAGGAAAUUUAUUAGUUAUAGCCGCUGUCUUUUGUUCAAACAAAUUACGUAGUGUUACGAAUUUUUUUAUUGUUAAUUUAGCUGUAGCUGAUCUUUUAGUUGGACUUGCUGUCCUACCAUUUUCUGCUACUUGGGAAGUUUUUAAGGUUUGGAUAUUUGGAGAUGUAUGGUGUCGCAUUUGGUUAGCAGUUGAUGUCUGGAUGUGUACUGCUUCCAUAUUAAAUUUAUGCGCGAUAUCGCUGGAUAGAUACGUUGCUGUAACUAGACCUGUCACAUAUCCGAGUAUAAUGUCAACAAAAAAAGCCAAAUCAUUGAUAGCUGGAAUUUGGGUAUUAUCAUUUGUUAUUUGCUUCCCACCAUUAGUUGGAUGGAAGGAUAAAAAGUUUGAGGUCGAAACAACCUACAACCGGGGAAAUUAUACGCUUUAUUAUGUUACAUCAACUACAUCAUCCUCAACAACACAGUCAGUAGCAGCAGCAGCAGCAGCAGCACCUCCACCGCCAUGUCCUUGGAAAUGUGAACUGACAAACGAUAGAGGUUAUGUCCUCUAUUCUGCAUUGGGCUCAUUCUAUAUACCAAUGUUUGUUAUGUUAUUUUUUUAUUGGCGAAUUUACCGGGCUGCCGUAAGGACAACUCGUGCAAUAAAUCAAGGAUUUAAGACCACCAAAGGUUCAAAAGGCAUAGGAUCACGUUUCGAAGAACAACGCCUCACAUUGCGCAUCCACCGUGGCCGUGGCUCACAUCAACACGAUUCAACACACAGCAAUGGUAGCACGCAAAGUACAACAACCACUCUUGGAACGCCAUCACCUGAGCGUUUAUCAAAAUAUUCAACUCGUCGAUCUCAUCACCAUCAUGACAAAAUCAAAAUCUCCGUAUCAUAUCCUUCCAACGAGAAUGUGAACGAACUCUCCCAAAGCAGUGAAUCAAGCAAUGCUAUGUAUUCCGUUCAUUAUACGGCAUCAAAUGGCCGAGACACCACCGAAACUCAACUCUUUCGCGGCAGCCGAGAAAGCAACUGUUAUCUUCAAGUUGGCAAAAGUCUACCCGAAAUGUCCCGCCGACAAUCGGCCACCAGUGACAUAUCGGACAGAGGGCGCCAGUGUCCGAAUAAAAAAAUGGGUCGACGCAAUAUAAAAGCUCAGGUCAAAAGGUUUCGAAUGGAAACAAAGGCAGCCAAGACAUUGGCAAUCAUUGUUGGAAUGUUUGUAUUUUGCUGGCUACCAUUUUUCACCAUCUACAUUAUACGGCCGUUCUGCGAAAAUUGCAUAGAUCCGCUCCUGUUUUCUAUACUAUUUUGGCUGGGUUAUUGUAAUUCAGCGGUAAAUCCAAUGAUCUAUGCAUUAUUUUCGAAGGAUUUCCGAUUUGCUUUCAAGCGGAUUAUCUGUCGGUGUUUUUGCUCAGGACAAAGUAUAUCCUUGAAGACAAGUCGUCGAGGAUCGGAUAUGUCGGCGGUAAGGAUUAAAUGUAGAUCGCCGAGUAUUACACCGAGUGCAGUGGCGCAUUCGUUUGGCGAUGAACACGAACAUAUCCAUGAGAUGAGCGAGCCCAGAUGACGUUCAUUCGGCCCCAGUUCUAGCUCGCAGAGCAGUUUUGGGGUCCGAAAAUGCAGUUUGAAAGUUCCUGUUUAUGAAAUAUGUCAUCCUUUAGUUAUGGAAUCACCAGGGUACUCCUAUUCAGCCAAAGUAUAAGCAAAACAAAAAAAAAUCUUUAUUUUGUUGUAUUUGUAAAUGUACCUUUAUCCUUAUUGUAAGUUUAAAAGAAAAACAGAUAAAAUGUUAUUUACGAGUAGAAUAGUUAUGAUAAUAUUGCAUUUUUUUGUAAAAGCGCUUUGAUGCAAAAAGAGAUAGUAUCAUUAUUUGCAUAUUUUUGUAUUAAUAACUUAUUCAUUGCUUUUAUAACAACUUUGUUUUAAUAUCGAAAUACCAGUGUUUACCUUAAAGACUCAAUUAACUUCUUCUGAAAAUGUUGGUCAUGUUUUUAGAGUUUCUUUAAAUCAAUUUUUAAACAUUUUUGUACAUUCAUUUUAUUAACAGAAAUGUUAGAAUCGGGAAUAACAUUAUUCACAUUAUUUUUUUUCAAAAUCUCUCUCAAUGUUUAGAUUUGGUUGAUGGUAGAUUUACCUUUAGGACCUCUGACCAAUUUUUCAUGUUUCAGUAAUGCAACUUCUAACGAAUUUGAUGGUCUGCCCAACACCAUUCAAAGUAUUGUUCGUCUCCAUCUCCAUUCUCGCACUGAAAUUGUCAUUACGAGCGAAUUCAAUGCACACAAUUCUUUUUGGCUUUGCUCCGGUGUUUUCUAGCCCUAUAUAAAACCCUAAGACGGGUUUAGGUCUUUGCUGAGUAAAUUCACCAAAUAACAAGCCAACUUGAAUUUUUGACUUUGCUGGUGGGACUAAAAAUACUCUAGACUUAUUUCCUAUCUUUAAGGUCUCACCCUGAUAAAUACACUAAGUGUUAUCGCCUUUAAAAACAUCAUAUCGCUGCGUCAUAUCUGCAAAUUGCUUUUGCCUCAAAAAUCCAGUUAAAAAAAAAACCUUGAGAAAACUGUUUGGCAAUAUGAGAAAACCAACUGAGAUGUGCUUAAUAAUUUCUUCAAAAACUUAAAUUGGCCACUAUGUUUCCUGGAAAGUUUCUUUAAUUCCCUCUGAAAGAUCUUAUCAUAGCUAAAUCCGCUGGCCCAAAUUGUAUCAUUUUUAUAGUUCUGCGUAAGUUUUUCAAUCUGCCCUACUUUCUUGGUGUCUUUCCAAGUGAAUGAAAACAGCAUUUGUCCAGUCUCCAACUAACAUCCUAUUGCACUUACUUAAGUCGCUUCUAUCCAAGUUUAUGAAAACGCUUAAUAGGUUAAUAAGCUAGAGAAGUAACUUGAGGAACGUAAACUUCGGUAAUACGACUUACGGCAGCAGUGGUCCACUAGUCAACUGAUUGGGAUCUCUUAAUAGUUUUGGAGAAAAUAUUAUUGUUGCGAACUUGCUAUUCUGAACCGUUUAAUGCAAGUCAUGUUGAAUGGAAUUAAGACUGUGCCGCAGGGCUACGUUUUAUCUCCAACUCUCUAUCUCGAUUUUUCUAAAUGAUCUCGUCUCUGAAACUUCUAUUUCCCUAAACGGAUUUGCUACUGAAAGAACUCUCAAUUUAUCAUAUUCGUUUCCUGAUCCAUGUCCUAGUUCUUCAAAUGGAUCAGACAGUGCUGACCAUCAUUAAUGUGGAAACUGACUCCAACGUCACUAUCCAUGAUUGUUACUUGCAUCGAGAAAACCCAGGACCCAGCACAGCAGCUCUUGAUUCAAUGUUUUUAUUGUUAUUAAAUCUUAAUAUUGUAAAAAAAAUUGUGAAACAAAACUGCUGUUAAUUAGGGUGGUGCAAACAUUUUUUUUUUUCCAUUUUUCGAAAAAUUUGGAUUUUAAUGACACUGAAAAUUUCUUAAUAGUGAAUUUUGAGAUAAUGAGUUCAAAUUGAAAUUUUUGGUAUUAGGGUGGCUCUAAAAAAUUUUAUCUUCUACAGUGAUGCUUGUGAAACUCCAAAAAAAAAGUGAAUAUUAUUUUAACCAAAUAAUAAAAAAAAUUGUCAUUAGGGUGGUUAAUUAUUUUUUUUAAUUUAUGGAAAAAAAUUUUAAAACAUGGUUUAUGAAAUAUAAUGUAAAAUUCAGUAUUUUCGCAUGAAGAAGUCAGAAAAUUAUAUAUAUUUACCUACUUUAAUUAAUUUGUUAUAAAUUUAUAAUAGCUAUACCAAAAAACGCACUUAAAAAACUUCCUAAACCUUUUUUUUCAAAAUGCAAAAAAUAACUUUAUUCCACUAUUAAAAGUAGAGAAAAGUAUUACCUACACCCUAAAGUAACACGGUUUACAAAUUUUCUGUGUUAUUAAAAACAAUACUUUCAAAUUAAAGACAAAAUUGAUAAUAAAUUUUAAAAUCUUUUACCCGUGCAAAGAAGGGCUGAGUCAGCUUUGGAUAAUAAAUGUAAAGUUUGAAACAAGAAACAAUUACAGACUAAAAACAUUCAAGGGAUAAAUUUUGUUUUUAAAUUCUUCGUAUCUAGGUUUACAACAUACUAAUUCAAAACUUUUGUAUAAAAUUUUCAUUUAUAUCAGUUGAACCACAAACAAAACUCUGAAGUUGGGAAAAUUACCUGAUAAAUUUUAAGUUUUUCAUCUUAAUUUGUAUAUUUUUAUUAAAUCUAUUUCACAAAUUUAUUAUUUCAUAAAAUAGUUAUCUCAAAAUAAAAUUAUUAUAAUCGUGCUUUUUUAAUUACGUUACAAAUAAUUUACCUUCUCAUAUUUAUGUUAAAUAUAUUUUUAUAAUUACAAAAAAUAAAUGUAAGUUUAAAAAUAAAAACAAAACAAAUUAGGGAAAUGC